GAAGCAAACAACGAAGCAGUGGCGUGUGAAAGCUUCAUAUGUUGAGAACAUUCAGAUCACGUUUAAAUUAAAAAGAAAGCCUCAGUAAUAACUUUAUGCUGUGGUGACUAUAUGAAAAUGUCUGGAGCUAAACAUAAGAUGAGAGAGAAGAAAAUGAGAGACCAGCCUGUCAGUGUGCAGUAUUCAUCAUCUCAGCAGAGCUGCACACACAAUGGAGGAGGUGAUAAUAAGGAAAGACCAUCAACAUCAGUGCAGAGGCACCAUCAGGACCGAGUGGGGUGGGUUCGAGGACAUCAGCCUGAUGGUGGUGGCUACGCUACUGAGAUGCCAAAGUACAUCACGGUGAGUGCUUUUGCCAGAGCGAGAGCUGCAGAGGUGAAAGCCAUGUUGAAAGCCGUCACCAAGACAACAGGCAGCUGCCAUGUGUUCGCAGCCCUGCCCAAACACAUGAGAAGAAGGGCCAUGAGCCACAACACCAAGCGGCUGCCUCACAGGCUGAGAGAUGCAGCCAAUUGGGUGCGUGAGAAGAACCUGGUGGCCAGCUCAAAGAAGAAGGAACUAACAAAGAGUAAGAGUCGCAAGGCCCGCCGACGGCAUGGGAAUCUGCUGCUGGAGUUCAACCGGCGACAAAGGAAGAACGUGUGGCUGGAGACGCACAUUUGGCACGCCAAGCGCUUCCACAUGGUGAAAAAGUGGGGCUACUGCCUCGGGGACAGACCCACCUAUAAAUGCUACCGGCCGUGCUACAGAGCCAUGAGCAGCCACUGCCUGCUCCAGGACCUUUCUUACUACUGCUGCAUUGAGCUGCAGGGAGAAGAAGAAAAGCUGUUGGAUUCUCUUUCACUGCUGACAAACAAGGAGACGGGUCCUACGUUUGCUGCAGCUUUGUGUCUGUCGGGACAAAAACAGGGCAGCGUGGUACUCUUCAGAGCAGGACGGUACCCAUCGCAAGCUCUUGGACCUGUGACGUUCCUCUGGAGACCCCGCACCCUGGGCUCAGCUCACAGGCAGCUGUGGAUCUGGUGUCAUCCCAGUCUAAAGCAGGACCUUCUCCCCGAGUUACAGAGUGUGUGCCAGUGUUGUGAGGCUGUAAUUCCUCCAGCUGUUCCUGUGGUGACGCCUGCACAGGAUGUUCCUAAUACACAACCAGAACAGACCCCUGAACCAACACAGACCCCCGGGACUAAAAGGAAGGGGAGCCGCCUGGAGGCGAGGGAACCUCCAGCUAAGAAAAUCUUGGGAGAUGGAACGAGAUCUCCCACCACCCCAGUGACCUGGAAGUCCACCUCAACUGGAAUAGUUAUAAAUGACCUCACAAUGGAGAUUGUACGCUAUCGCCUGAUUGGACCGCAUUCUCAUUCUGUGCUCACAGAAACUUUGGAAGCCGCCACCAUCUGUGAUGAAAUGGAUAACGCUCAGCCAUCUUCUCUGUGGUGGCCUGAACUUUGUAAAGAUGACGCUAAGAAGAAGCUACAUCAACAACAAGCUGAUGUUUUUCACAUACUGAAAGGCUGCUAUUCGACCGGAGAGCUUCCCGCAGGCACAGUGUUGGGUUUAACAGUUGAUGACCCCAGGCUGACCUUGCCAACUGAGAAGGUUAAAGCGCCGGUCUGUGUAGAGCAGCCAAAAGCAGUGGAUGAGGAGAAGAUGAAAGACUUGAUAUUGCAAGGUGUAUCAGAGCACUGCUGUCAGAGUUUUCUCUGGGAAAAAUCUGUUCGUGACAACGUCACUGACAACAAGAUCCCUGAACAAGAGCUGAACCGUAUGAGGAGUGCAGUGCUGGUACCAGGUUCCAGGCUGAGUCCCACACCCCCACAGGGUCGGGUCCCCAUCCUGCUCAUUCACCAGCCUGGAAAGGACGUUGGACACGAGAUGGCAUCGUGGGGAGCUGGCUGGGACCUGCUGCUUCCUAAAGGCUGGGGCAUGGCUUUCUGGAUACCACUGGUGUACAGAGGUGUUCGUGUCGGUGGGCUGAAUAUGAGUCUGAAACACUCUCAGAAUAAAGGAGCGCCACACUUUCCACACGACUACCCAGACUGCCCUGCAGGUGCCCGCUUCCAGGUGGAGCAGGAAGCGGAGCUCCUGGACAAGUUUAAAAGACGUCCACCCGCCAAAAGGACCAAUUACAUUAAACAUGGCUGUCUGGCUCCCUUCCGUUGCCCUUGGCAACAGCUGGCUGAGGAGUGGGAGCUUAUCACAAAGGAAACAGGAAGGGACGGAGAAGGACGCGGUCUGAUCCAAAGCUGCACAGAGAGCGGCGCGCCGAUGGAAGGAGUAUCACACGGGGACAGCGCUACACCAGCGAGCCUCUUCUCUGUGCUCAGGAGUCGAAGGUCUCUGAGGCUUCUGUCUGGUUGGUGCAGGCCCACUACAUCCAAAGGUCAAAGGUCAUGUCGUGUCACGGCGGCGCUGCCUCUCAGCUGUUCGGCUGUGAUGUCUUUCCUUGCGGUGUGUGGGAAGAGUCUCGUGUGGGUGCGUCUGUCACUGCUGUCAAAGGGGAGGCCGGAGCUCCACGCCGCUGUGUGUGUGCCGACCGCCGAAGACCUGAAGCUGAAAACCAAACCUGACAGCAGUGGCCCCCAGGAGCCCCCGCACACAGACCGCUUCAAAAGCAAAAUAAAGUGGCGCAAGAAGGACGAGAAAGCUGCUAUGUCCUCUUCGGAUAAAACUGAGGUCAAAGCAUCAGACCUUCCCUCCGCCUCGGACCCAAACCUCAGCACACGCCAACAUCCCAAAUCUUUGCCCUCGCAGUCAUCAGAUCUGAUUUUGGGGGUGUGGCCUGACCCUUUGCCGAGUGUGACUUCUCACGGCUCCCGUGUCACGUUGGGCUGGGUCACCCAAGGAGACUUUUCCCUGUCCGCCGGCUGUGGUGAGGCUCUCGGUUUUGUUAGCGUCGCUGGUCUCCUCAACACGCUCCUCACGCAACCACCGGAGCACAGAGGUCUGGUGCUGCUGAGAAACCCCUCCUCCCUCCAGUACCGCUUUGCAAAAGUCAACGUAGAAGUCUGAUUUAAACACUUGAAGAACUUAAGGAACUGGUCUUGAUAUUUGUGUUUGAACCCAUUACAGAGAGUUUAUGGACAUGAUUUCAAAAGAUACAAGAAACAGCUGAACACAGAAAGUCAGUUCAAUGUUUUAAAAAAGUUUGAACAAGUUUAUUUUCAAACGUUUACCAGAAUAAAGUGAAGCCAAGUGAACAGAAGAAAGGUGUGUGUGUGUGUGGGUGGGAAUCAAGCAUCAGAAAGGUCCUUUAAACCAACAAAAAAAGAAAAAAGAAAAAUGUUGAUCUUGGGCCAGGUUUGUUGACUCUGUCAUGUACCAUGGCUCCGGCAGACAGAUUUAAAGCUGCCACCCCCUUUGAUUUUCCACCAAACUGCUAAAAUAUACUGUAUGGUGAAAUCUAGUAGACUCCUGACCGAUAAUAUCUGUUGGUUGAUAUGAGCUCUUUCAUGAACAUAUCGGUAUCCAUGUUAUUUUUGCUGAUACAAAAACUUUUAUUUUACAGAAUAAACAAUAUGCUGUUGGAAUUGGUGUCAUUAUG